UGAAAAUGUUGCCCGUGCUGUGUAUCGUUUGCUGAAAAGCCGUUUAAGAUGGAUGCGGAUCUGCACGAAUGCAAUGCUGUUGACACUCAGCCUUGGGAGAACACCCCCCGCUUUCCAUUUGGCACCAGACAAAAGAUUUCGGGGGAGCUCUCUUUGACCGACUAGGUUGUAACAUAUAAUUAAGCCCCUCACACCAUGUUCGGGAGGAACAUCAGGAGGAUGAACUCUCGGCGUGCCUUUGACGUCAUGUUUGUGGCCCUAGUCUUGACCACUCUGAGUUAUCUCUCUGUUGAGAUACAUUACAUAAAAUAUCGCCGAUAUGAACCAGUGGGUCUCCAGGAGCACAUUCCUAUAGGCGACUCGCUGGUUAGCAUGUCACCUGAGGUCACCACCCGUAGUUUGUCGACCGAUGUGGACCGAAAGAAAUCUAUCUUUCGCACUUCGGGUGGAUCUGAUAUAUUUUCUGCCAUGACCAUUUCAAAUGAGACAGACUCCACAGUGACAAAAACUAUCUCCGAAACUGGAAUAGCAAAACCCUCUUCAACGCCCCUGGGUCUCAAUUCCUCCAUCACUUCUGACGCCCCUCAAUCUAAGUCCGGCUACUUCUUUUAUUCAACCGAAGACCUAUUUAAAAACCUAACCAAACCCUCGGGUGGGACCACCUUGUUCACCUACAUUCCAGAGGACGAGUACCUUAAAUCCAACUGGAACAACUACACGUCUUCUCCUGCAGUGAAGACCUAUUUUAACUACCCCUUGCUCAUAACUGGGGAGGACAUCUGUUUAAGGGACGUCCCUUUUCUCCUGAUCUUCAUACCUUCGGUCGUGGAUAACAGAGAACGUAGGGACGCGAUUCGAAGAACAUGGCUAAGAGCUGCAGAGACCAAUUCCUGGCCUCAGGCGCAUGUCAGAAAAAAGAUCAAACACAUAUUUUUAUUUGGUUUGAAGGUAGAUAGAAAAAAGGAAGACCUCCAGAUUUUGAAAAACGAAUCUAUUCUCUACAAUGACAUUGUUGUAGCAGAUUUUGAAGAUUCUUAUAGAAACUUGACUAUUAAAAUACUCGUGGGACUAAAAUGGGUGCUUAAGUUUUGCAACAUGGCGGAAUUCGCUUUAAAAGUCGACCAAGAUACCUUUAUAAACGUUCCACUCAUGGUCGAGUAUUUACUUCAUGUUCGAUGGAAGCUAGUUACGGAUAAUUUCGUCGUGGGUUUGAGGCACGGUUACGACAAACCGGAAGUGGUCAGAAGCGGUAAUUGGGGGGUCGCGGAAGAGGAAUACCCUUUACCCUUCUACCCCAGGUACCUCUACGGGCACACCUACGCUGUCAGCAGGGGCGGCGUCGGCGUCAUCGUUUCCGCCGCGGAGCGCGUGAGACUCAUCGCCCCCGAGGACGCCUUCAUCACGGGGAUUCUCACGAAGCUGUCGGGCGUCCCCCGGCUCGACGCGCCCUGUUUCACGAUGUGCUGCAGGAAGAUCUACGCGUGUGAAGUGGUAUGGAAUCGGAACGUCGCCGUGACGGCUGUCGACAGUGUCACGUUAAUGGAACAGCUCUGGGGCAGCGUUGUCACACAUACAUGUAAUGAUACAAAGCCUUUCAACUGA